AUAUAAGCUAGUGUGUAUUUUAUCCUCUCAACUAGACUCUCUCAUUCACUACUACACUACCCUCAACCACCAAUCUAUUGUUAUUUUCAUAACACCAAAAAGCAAACACUAGUAUUAGUCUUCUCUCAACCUCCAAUUAGUCAGAUUAAAUAUUACCAAUGAAAAAAACUCGAGAUGUCACCUCUACUCCAUUCUCCUUAUCCAUAUCCUAGCUCUAGUCAAACUCAAAACUCUUUGUUUAGUCUCUAUGUCCUAUAUUAAACAAUCAAAUCUAAUUUAUAUAUUUAAUUAUGAAUUUUAAAGGUAAUUAAUUUCGUAUUCGAUAAUACCGAUUGGGAUACCGAAGUACCGAUUGGGAUACCGAAAUAUUUAGGGAUUGGGAUUGGGAUACCAAAGUUAUUUAGGGAUUGGGAUUGGGAUUGGGAUUGAUUCUAGGGGUUUAAUUCGGUAUUCGGGAUUUUGGUAUUUGGUAUUGGGAUACCGAUACCGUACCGAUUUCCACCCCUAGAAGUAUCCAACAGGCUUGUCAAGUGGGCUAUCGAACUAUCCGAGCACAACAUCCAAUACGCUCCACGACCCACCAUUAAGGGGCAAGUGCUAGCCUAUUUUCAUAGUAGAUGGAAUUGUACUCGACACCCAGGCAGACCGAAUGCGGGAAGUUUAUGUAGAUGGUGCAGCAAGCAAACACAGUACAUGGGCAGGAAUCGUCAUACAAAGUUCGUUAGGCACAAUUCAUGAAGUCGCGCUUUGAUCCAAGGAGCUAAAGACGAACAACCCGGCAAAAUACGAAGCUGUUUUGGCAGGAUUUCGAGGGUGAACGAGUUAAGAGCAAGAAUGAUAUAGGUAAUAUCAAACUCAUCCUUAGUGGUAAAUAAGUUAAAUAGUGUGUUUGAUGCCAAAGAGUCGACAUACAUUUUCCAUGUUAAAGAGACAACUUUGGAGUUCCAAGUUGUCACCUACAAGGCUAUAACCAUGUCUUGCCAGAACAAAACAUUCACACAAAUGCUCUUUCAAAGUUAGCUAUCGCAACAAACUUCGAAGAAGCUAAACUAUUCUUAGUACAAAAGGAGGCCACGAGUGUUGGCGAACCAAAAAUAAACACAACGCAAAUGCCCGAUAAAGUUGACUGGCGCACAACCAUCAAAGAAUAUCUCAACAACGGGACGGUGCUCGACGACCUAAAAGAGUCAUGGGCGCUAAGACAAAAGGCGGCCAUGUGUACACAAAUAGGUCAAGAGCUUUUCAUAAAUGAUCGCACGUUGGGGUAUACCUUAAGUGCCUCGGUACAUAAGAAUCUCAACCAAUGGUAAGAGAGCUACAUGAGGGCAUAUGUGAUAUGCACAACAGGGCAAGAAGCCUAAAACGAACAAUUGUGCUCCAAUAAUACUAUUGUCUACGAAUAAAAAGGGAUACCAAACCAUCAUGGAAAGAUGUCACAACUAUCAACUCCAUGCACGUCAACACCUCAUACCAACGAUAUUACUCAGUCAAACGUAAGUUUGUGGCCAUUCGUUUUAUGAGGAUUGGACUUGUUGGAAUCCUUCCCAACGGCCAAGGGCAAGCAUAAAUACAUCGUCGCCGUUGUGGACUACUACACAAAAUGGGCUGAGGCAGAACCACUGAUGUCCAUAACAUUGUAGUAGAUGAUAUGUUUCAUAACUCUAAAUAUAUUAAACCGGUUAGACGUUCCAUAGUCUGUGUAUUUGAUCACAGAAAGUAGUUUGAUUGCGCGGAAGUAAUUGAUCUAUGAGACCAAGUGGGAGAAAAUAGCGCGUUUUGCGUCUGUCGCAUACCCACAAGAUAACGACCUUCAUACCUGCCUAGGCCAAGCAAUGUCAAUUAGUCAGAAGAGGUCCACAACAUUUUAUGGUCCUAUCGCACAACCUACAAGGUCGCGACAGGAGAAACUCCUUUCGCCUUCAUCUAUGGCACAUAUGCAGUCAUACCAUUGAGACCAGUGAGCCAACGUACAGAAUCCAGCUAUACAACAAAACAGAAAAUGACGAGGCCAGGCAAAUAGACUUUGAACUGGCGCACGAGCACAAAGAAAUGGCAAGCAUCUACCUAAUAGCCCUUAGAGAUCAAGUUUUGAGGCACAACUUCCAUCCAACACAAUCUCAUGGCAAGCUCACCUCUACAAGGGAGGGCCGUACCAAAUGUGUGAAGUGUUGGGCGCCAACACAUUCAAGUUAUCCGAAAUGGGCGACCCUAAAACCCCACAAACUUGGAACACGCAGAAUCUCUGAAAAUAUAUACCGACCUCUCAAUUGUAAUUGUAAUUGGGUGCAAUAUGUAGAUAGAAAGGAUCAUGCAUCAACGCUUACGUCGGCAUCACCAAAACACAACCAUUACCAAAGGGACAAAAGAAAGCAAUGAUAAUACGAUGUUGGACUACUCUCAUCCAACACUAGAUGACAUCACUUCGAGUAUCCAGUAUCCUAAAAUUGAUGCCAACAAUUUUGAAAUCCCAUCUUGGGUUUUAAACAUGAUCAGUCAUAAUCAUAUGUUUAGAGGAUUUCCACAUGAGAGUCCUCGUGCUCACAUCAAGAAGUUCAUCAUGUUGGCUUGUAACACCAAAAUAAAUAAUGUUCCAGCGGACUUUCAAAACAUGAGGCUAUUCCCUUUCACUUUAAAAUGAGUUGUCCUUGAUUCGUGUUAGAUUAUACACUUUUACUCCCCCUUUAACUUGCAAAGUUUGAUAUGUUUGCACCGUCCUUGGAGCUAUUUUAUCCGAUGUUUGUUCGUGUUUUGUCAUGUUUCAGACCUAAGUAGGUAAUCUUGCCAUCGAGAUUGAAAGUCGGACGAAAGAGGGCGAAAAUAGAGAAAAAUGGUUGAAAGUGCAGCGAUCACAGUUGCGGAGAAAUUGUCACGUACGAAGACCGUGAUGUCAACGCUCCAAACAUGAAGAUCGCAUGGUUGUAGGAGAAUUCUUGCAGCUCGUGGACAGUGUCAAGAUCACGGUCUCCUAACUGUGAUAUCAACAAGCAGCCCAUGAAAUUCGUUAGUGAAACGACAACUUAAUCUCUUUGCGCAAAAGCUGGUUGAUUCUCCAUCUCUCGAUAACAUCGAUCAGUGAGAGCCGAGUCUGGAUUCCGUUGGGGUAAAUCACCGGAACUUCGGCUGAAUUUCCACCAUUGACGUCGACGGUUGACCGGAGGUAGCAGAGGAAAUCGACGUCGUGAAGGUAAAAUAAUUAAAAUUGAAAUUAUGAGUUUUUAUGAUUUAACGAGGGGCAAUUGAUAAUUUUACAACACAUUAAACAACCAUUUAACAAAAAAUUGGACAAAAG